UCUGCACCAUGCAAACUCAGUCAUGGAUCAUAACGGUCGUAAUUUGCAUGACUUUGAUGCAGAAAUGCAAAGCAAUGGGAUUAUCUUCCAAAGAAGACUACAAAAUAGUGAGCUUGCCAGGGCAACCACGAGUAAGUUUCCAACAGUAUGCAGGAUACAUUACAAUUGAUGAAAACCAACAGAGGGCUCUUUUCUUUUACUUUGUUGAAGCAGAAGCUGACCCUGCUUCAAAGCCUCUCGUUCUCUGGUUAAAUGGAGGACCUGGUUGUUCUUCUGUAGGGGCAGGAGCUUUCUCCGAGCAUGGCCCCUUCAGGCCAAGUGGUGGAGACAAUUUGGUCGUAAAUGAAUAUAGUUGGAACAAAGAAGCAAACAUGCUAUAUUUGGAAGCACCAGCAGGAGUUGGUUUCUCUUAUUCUGGCAACACUUCUUUUUAUCACUCUGUGAAUGACACUAUCACAGCACAAGACAACUUGGUAUUCCUGCAACAGUGGUUUGCCAAAUUCCCCGAGUACAUGAACAGAGAUUUCUAUAUCACUGGAGAAAGCUAUGCAGGUCAUUAUGUCCCACAACUUGCAAAUCUCAUUGUUCAGUCAGGAUUAAAAUUCAACCUGAAGGGCAUUGCUAUAGGAAACCCUCUCUUGGAGUUCAACACAGACUUUAACUCACAGGGUGAUUACUACUGGUCUCAUGGCUUGAUAUCAGAUGCUACUUACCAACUUGUCACUUCAGUUUGCAACACUUCGCAGCUGAUGAGAGACUACAUAAGAGGCUCUCUUUCGUCUACUUGUCAAGCUGUAGAUGAUCAACUUUCAAUAGAAAUUCCUGCAGCAAUUGAUGGAUACGAUGUCACUUCUGAUGUCUGUGCAUCAAAUUUGCAAGCAGUAUCCAAAUCACGCAGUCAUCCUUUGAUAUCAAAGUUUCAGCUUUCACCAUUUGGUCAAAAACUCCAAGCAAGUUCUAACCAACCUGAAGCUUCAGAGGAAAUAGAUCUUUGCCUAGAAGAAAAGACUUCUGAAUAUUUGAACCUGAAAGAAGUGCAAGAUGCUCUUCAUGCCAAGCUCGUAGGAAUUUCCAAUUGGACUAUCUGCAGCAGAGUAUUGAGCUAUGACUAUGGAAACCUAGAGAUACCUACAAUAGAUGUUGUAGGCUCAUUGGUCAGUUCCGGCAUCCAGGUUCUAGUAUACAGUGGAGAUCAAGAUUCAGUCAUUCCAUUUAUUGGGUCAAGAACUUUGGUAAAUGGUUUGGCAAAGAAGCUGAAAUUGAACUCAACAACUUACAGAGGUUGGCUUGAAGAUAAUAAGCAGGUUGGUGGAUGGAGACAAGUUUAUGGAGACGUCUUAACAUAUGCAACUAUUAGAGGAGGCUCUCACUUGGCACCUUGGUCAUCCCCCAGGAGAUCGCUAGCUUUAUUUAAGGCAUUCCUUGCUAGGAAUUUCACUAACCGAUUAAUAUGACUAGUUUCAAGAAAUGUACUGUGUCGUCCAUAGUUCCUAGUGAUGCCCUUUUCUUUACUUCCUUUUGGAAUUAAUCCUAAUGCAAUUCAUAGACCAUUGGAUCUCUGUCAUAGCUAUGGUAAUUAUUACCCACACUAAGCAUUAGUGUACCAUAAUAAAUAUGA